ACAGAAGCUAGUCCAAAAAUUAAUAAAGUACCGUCAAAUGUUGCAUCAAUUAUUGUAAAAAAUAAUAUGGAUACAUUAAAAUCGGAUAGACUCCGACGCCAAAAUUAUAAUAUGUUUCGCGAUAUCGAUGAUAAUGAACAAGAUGACAAUAUCCGGCAGCAAAUAAAACGAGAAAAAAAGAACAGAGAGCCAAAAAUUUGGGAUCGAUGGGGUAAUUGGUCCACAUGCAGUGUCACUUGUGGAGUAGGAAAGAUCAUGAGGUGGAGACAUUGCAUAGGAGGACGUUGUUCUUUGGGAGAGAAGAAAGCUCAAUUAAAAACUUGCACUCUUGCUGCGUGUUGAAAUAUUUUUCAAUGUACAAGAUAUAAGUGUAAGGAAUAUCCAUUGCUUGAAUAAUGGUUAUUUAAAGAUGUCAUGAAAAGAUGAAAAUUAAAGAACCCUUUAAAUAUAUAUAUGUGCGUGUAUAUUUAUAUAGUAUGAGAUGAUAUAUAUACACACAUACAUAUAUAUACAUACAUGUAUAAAUUUUGCUAAUCAAGCAGUUAUUGAACAGUAUGAUAAAUGACAAGAAUGUAACAUGUGGAAUGAAAAUUCAUUAUAGAUGUUUAAUAUUUAA